CGCCAUCUCCAUCCCUAGGGUUUUACAUUCGCAUCUCUAGCUAUGCAAGCGCCUGUUCUUGUUCUCAACUUCGGUGAUGACCGUGGAAGAACGGAUGGUAGAAGGUUUUUGCUACCAACCUUAGGAGGAUUCACUGACUCGUGAAUCUGGAAGUAAGGUACAUCAUGCAAAUAUCCAAGCUUCAAAGGCCGUGGCUGAUAUUAUUCGCACUUCCUUGGGCCCUCGAUCCAUGUUAAAGAUGCUUCUUGAUGCUGCAGGAGGCAUCGUGGUUACUAAUGAUGGGAAUGCUAUUUUGCGUGAGUUGGAUAUUGCUCAUCCAGCUGCAAAGUCCAUGAUUGAAUUAAGCCGCACACAAGAUGAAGAAGUUGGUGAUGGAACUACAUCGGUCAUUGUUCUUGCUGGUGAGAUGCUUCAUGUUGCGGAAGCUUUCAUUGACAAGAAGUAUCAUGCUACAGUAAUUUGCCGAGCUUACAACAAGGCCCUUGAAGAUGCUCUUGCUGUGUUGGACAAGAUCGCCAUGUCUAUUGAUGUGAAUGAUCGUUUGAUGAUGUUGGGUUUAGUGAAAAGUUGUAUUGGCACAAAAUUUACCAGUCAAUUUGGGGAUUUAAUUGCAGAUCUAGCACUUGAUGCGACAACAAUAGUUGGUGUUGAUCUAGGCCAGGGACUACGAGAAGUAGAUAUUAAGAAAUACAUCAAGGUUGAAAAAAUCCCCGGGGGGCAGUUGGAAGAUUCCAAGGUCCUCAAAGGUGUUAUGUUUAACAAAGAUGUCGUUGUUCCUGGAAAAAUGAGAAGAAAAAUCGUAAACCCACGUAUCAUCUUGCUCGAUUGCCCUCUUGAGUACAAAAAGGGAGAGAAUCAAACAAAUGCAGAGUUGGUUAAAGAAGAGGAUUGGGGAGUUCUAUUGAAAAUGGAAGAAGAAUAUAUUGAGAAUCUUUGCGCACAAGUACUCAGAUUUAAGCCCGAUUUAGUGAUCACGGAAAAAGGACUUAGUGACUUAGCUUGCCAUUACUUGAGUAAGGCGGGCGUCAGUGCCAUCAGGAGAUUAAGAAAGACGGAUAACAAUAGGAUUGCGAAGGCAUGCGGAGCUGUCAUUGUGAACAGGCCAGACGAACUUCAAGAAUCAGACGUGGGAACCAGGGCUGGACUUUUUGAAGUGAAAAAAAUCGGUGACGAGUUCUUUGCCUACAUUGUGGAUUGUCAAGAUCCGAAGGCAUGCACUGUUCUUCUCCGAGGUGCCAGCAAGGAUCUUUUAAAUGAAGUGGAGCGAAACUUGCAGGAUGCAAUGUCGGUGGCUAGGAACAUCUUGAAGCAUCCAAAACUCGUUCCUGGUGGUGGUGCCACCGAGUUGACUGUUUCUGCUACACUGAAACAGAAGAGUUCAUCAAUUGAAGGCAUCGAAAAGUGGCCUUAUGAAGCUGCAGCUGUGGCAUUUGAGGCUAUACCACGAACCUUGGCACAAAAUUGCGGCGUUAAUGUCAUUAGAACAAUGACUGCUCUUCAGGGAAAGCAUGCGAACGGUGAGAAUGCAUGGACUGGAAUUGAUGGAAAUUCGGGUGUAAUUGCAGACAUGAAAGAAUUAAAGAUUUGGGAUGCAUACAAUGUGAAGGCCCAGACCUUCAAGACAGCGAUCGAAGCUGCUUGUAUGCUUUUAAGAAUCGAUGAUAUUGUGAGCGGAAUUAAAAAGAAGCAAGCUCCUGGAUCUACACAGCCAUCAAAGCCAACUAUCGAGCAAGAAGGCGAUGCAGACACCGAGCAGAUGAUUCCCGAGUAACGAUAUUAACGAUAAAUCGGGUUUCGAUAGAGUUUUGGUUGCAUGUUUACCUUUUUUUUUUUUGAAUUUGUUGAGUAGUGUUAUGAAAUGGACUUGUAGACUGUUAUCCUAUUUUGGUGGUUUUAUGUUGUGGUUUUGGCCU